UACCCUAUAUAUAAAUAAAUAUAGGAAAAUUAGCCUUCCUCCUUAAAAGGUCCCAAAAAUUCGUCCAUAAUGUCCGAAAAUGAUCGUAAAGAUACUGCAAGCUUCGAAGCUGUAACGGCACCUAUACAAGCAGUUAUGAAAAUGCCACCAUCAGUAGAUCAAUGUAGUGAUAGUGGAAUUUAUGAAUAUGAAAAUGCAUUAACUGUAAAUGAGGAGUUGGAAAAUACUGCCGAUCAAGAACUUAAUUCACCUCCAGAAGAUGAUUUUUCUGAGUAUCUGUGGAUGGAAAAUGAAGAAGAGUUUGACAAGGAGGUCAUGCAAAGAUUAGAAGAGGAAGCUUUAAUGGAAGAAUGUAUUGCCUUUAUGAGCAAUGAGAACUCCAAUUCAGGGUCCGAGAAUGCUGGUAACGUGACUAAUUCUAAGCUGAACCCUGAAGCAGCAGAAUUUAUUCCUGCAACUCAUCGUGAGCCACCUUUAGAAGGAAUUCCGGUUACCAGACAGUCUUAAAUGUUGGAUAUUUAGUGCAUAAUAUUUGUUCACUCAUUUACAUACGAUUGAGAUUACUUGCAUCAACUUUAAGCUUUUAUGAACAAUGAACAGAAUCCUUUGGCCGUACGAGUUUGGAGAGCUUAAAUUUAUUUUUAAAUAAAGAUGAUAUCCUACUUAAAUGUAACAAAAGGCGAAGUUUGCCAUUUCGCUUUUAAAUUGAGCCUGCAAUUUUUUUAGGAAUAUCAAAUACAAAAAUUUAGGUAACAAUGAAAAUAUAUAACGCUAGUAGAUAAAGAUGCUUAAAACUAAAUUAUCAAUAAUUCACUUAUUAGAAAGGGUUUUGGUAAGAAAAUAGUAUAGUUUCUUAAGCCAAUAUAUCCAAAAAUAUAUAUUCCGUUUUCGAUGCGUAAUCUAUUGUAGUCAUUUUUUUAAUCUCAUUAUUUUGAACUCAUUAAUUUUUAUAUUGCACUAGUCUUUCAUUCAGUGCUCGAUUUUAGUGAUGUAUUGUUAAGCUCUUCUAGUUCAAGCAGCUAAUCAUUAUUUUGUAUAUACUGAACAAGUCAAAUUAUUUUAAUAUCAAAAGAUUUGACACAAAUGGUUUAUUAUAUCAAUAUAAAUUUAUAUCCUAUUAAGGGCAUUUCUGACUAACUGUAACUUUGCCGUAGCGAUUUUGUCGCACCAACCUAAGAUUGAUAUAUUAAUUUAAAAAAAUUGUAUAAAUGUAAAAUAAAUAGACCUACGUCAAGAUAAUUAAAAAAAAUACAUUAUAUAUUGUUCACCUUUAUUCCUACUAAAAAUUAAAUUAAAAAACAUAAAGAAGUAAUAAAAAUGAGUGUCAUACGACCUAACGUAUUGCAGACAGCUAGGAUUUCCAUUCGACAAGUUAUAUAGUAUAUUUCAAUAAGUGUUUUAUGGAUUUUAUAAGUUAAAUUUUUGGUUGAUACCGAUUCUGCUAAUAGGCUGUAAGUGAUAGAAAAAACGUUGACAUCAUCUGAUUAAUUUUUUCUUGAACAAAAACCACUUUCGAAUUACAAUCUUUGGAAAGAAGUGCGCCAAAUAAAUAGGAUCUUAAGACAACCUUAUAACGCGACAAAGUCACUCUGAGAAGUUGCAGGGUCAGAAAUCGGCUUUAGGAUUAUUAGUCAAAAAUCUUUAAAUAGUUUCGUGAUGCCCAAAAAAAUACUUAAUAGUUUAUAAAAGUCGUACAAUUGUUAUAGUGUAAAUAAUGUCUCUAUGAUAUUGUAAAUUCAAAUUUAAUUUUAGCUUAUGGGCAUCCUAACAAUAACAUAAGAAAAUUAAAGGAACAAUGUAGUAAAUUAUCUGUAGAUAAAUAGUUUCCUAAGCUGCGAAAUAAAAUUUUAGGACCUUUAUUAAAAUUAAAGUUAAUUAUUUUUUAAAAAAGGAAACACCGUUGCACAACUUAAUUUCAGAUCUCAUGUAUAUGUCCAGUGCCCGAGUCUUUGAAUUGCUUUUUUUAAGUUUUAAAUUAAAUAAUAGUUUUGAGAUAAUACUUUAAAGUGACAUCAACCAGCAUUUUAAGAAAAUGAAAAUAGCAACACGAAACUAAAUUAGGCAAAAAAAAUGUUUAAAAAAGACAAAUAUAAAAAAAAGUUUUCUUCCAAUAUUUUGCCCUUUUUUGUCUCUCUAAAUAACUUGCAUGUUUGUUAGGUAUUCAGUGCAUAUUCAGUAAAAUCUGGUAAGAGUCUGUAACUUAAAAUGAAAUACAUUUAUCUUAUCGGAUAAAUGCUGAAGAGUCGAUUUAAUUGUUUAGUAUCUUUUUUUUAAGUAUGUUUAUAUUAAUUAUGUUUUUAAUGUUCCGAAAACAGCAUUCCAAGAACUUUGGUAUCCUACAAUCUUGUGAUAUCCUUCAAUGUAUAAACUAUAUGUAUUAACUAUAUGUAUAGUAAAAUCGAUCGGUUUGCACCUUUUAGAUGUUAUAAAAUCUACACGAUUGGGAAUAACCACAUUUGUAUUGGCCGGAUACUGACAUAUUAAUGACUUUAAUUAUUCACCUUUUAAUAACUGGUUACAGACUGUAACUGUAUAUGACGCCUACUUCAGAUUAAAUUUUAAAGAUAUAUUUGUUAAUUAGAUGAUAGGAAACUUUAUUUAGGUAAUAUGAUUAUUGGGCAGCUGUUAAUUUAAAUUGUGAUUGUAAUAAGUUCUUAAAUUGUAAGGGUCGCUAAUAAAAAUUGCAUUCAGGCUGUGGAUGAAAAAGAAA